GCCUGCACUGUGAGAGCGAGUCCUUCAAGAUGGACCUUAUCCUGGAUGUGAACAUCCAGAUCUACCCCGUGGACCUCGGGGACAAAUUCCGCCUGGUCAUCGCCAGCACCUUGUACGAAGAUGGCACCCUGGAUGAUGGCGAGUAUAACCCCACGGAUGACAGGCCGUCCAGGGCAGACCAGUUCGAGUACGUGAUGUACGGCAAGGUGUACAGGAUUGAAGGGGAUGAGACCUCCACAGAGGCAGCUACGCGCCUCUCUGCCUACGUGUCCUACGGGGGGCUGCUCAUGCGGCUACAGGGAGACGCAAACAACCUGCACGGGUUUGAAGUGGACUCUCGAGUUUACCUGCUGAUGAAGAAGCUGGCCUUCUAGGAGACCCCCUGCCUCCGUGGGCUGCCCCAGAGACGUUCUGCUGGCGAGCAAACAGGAGCCCUGUGACCCCAAAUCCUGCCCCAGCAUCCACGCUGCCUGGCCCCGCCGGAGCUGGGGAGGAGGGAGCAGUCCCCCUCCUCAUCCCGGCCUUUUCGGACU